AUGGCUCGCGCUCCCUUCGUUGUCCCCGCGCUUAAGAAGCAUACCGCCACGGUCAUUAUGGCCCACGGGUUGGGAGACAGUGGACAGGGAUGGAUGGCCCUCGCUCAGAACUGGCGCCGCCGCGGCAAGUUCGAGGAAGUUGCCUUCAUUUUCCCCAAUGCGCCUUCAAUCCCCAUCACAAUCAACUUUGGCAUGAGCAUGCCGGGAUGGUAUGAUCUCGCCAAGCUAGGCCGCGACCUCGACUUCGAGGAAAUGGUCCGCUCCCAAGACGAGCCCGGCAUUCUUCGCUCCCGCGAAUACUUCGAUAAGCUAAUUAAGGAGGAGAUGGAUAAGGGCAUCAAGGCGUCGCGCAUCAUCCUUGGCGGAUUCUCACAAGGCGGUGCGAUGUCUGUGUUCACUGGAUUGACGGGCAAGGAGAAGCUUGGUGGUGUUUUUGGACUCUCAUGCUACCUGCUGCUCAGUGACCGGGUGAAGAACUACCUGCCCGAGGAGUGGGCGAACAAGAAGACCCCCUUCUUCCUGGCCCAUGGUGAGGAUGAUGAAGUUGUGCGCUUCGAGUUUGGUCAGAAGUCUGCGGAGAUGCUCAAAGAGAUUGGACUGGAGGAUGUGAAGUUCAACAAAUACGAGGAUCUGGGCCAUUCGGCUGACCCCAAGGAGAUCAAUGAUCUUGAGAUGUUCAUUGAGAAGUCCCUCUCUGAGAAUGCCUCUGCUGGCCUAUGA